AUGGGCAAGGACAAGGAAGAGAAGAGAGUGAAGGACAAGAAGGAGAAGAAGGAAAAGAAAGAGAAGCGCUCCGAGGUAGACGGCGUCAAGAAGUCCAAGAAGGAGAAGAAGUCCAAGCUCAACGGCGAUGUCGCAGACGCACUGGAGAAGGAGCUCGUGAAGGAGCCCGAGGAGAGUCUUGUAAGAAUCGUGGACGAGGACGGCGAGGUUGCUCCCAGAGACAUUCCCGCGAGCGCGUUGGUGCCCAUCGCGGAACCGCUUCUCGAAGAGUCGAAGGAGGUGAAGAAGGUGCUCAAGACGGUCAAGAAGUCCGCUAAGACCAAGACCCUCCGCCGCGGCGUCAAGGAAGUAGUUAAGUUCCUCCGCAAGUCAUCCUCCAACGCACCACCCUCGUCCGACAUCUCCAACCCCUCGGCCAUCGUCGUUAUUGCUGCCGACAUCUCGCCCAUGGACGUCAUCUCCCACAUCCCCGUCCUCUGCGAAGACCACAAUGUGCCAUACCUCUUCGUCAAGAGCCGUGCAGAGUUAGGUGAGGCGAGCGCAACGAAAAGGCCCACCAGUGUCGUGCUUGUAGGUAGAGAGAGAGCGAGCAAGAAGAAGGACAUUGGCGACGACGACAAGGCUGAGUGGGAUGAGGCGUAUGGCACGCUGAGAGAUAUCGUUAUCAAGGCUAGCAAGACGGUGCGGAAAUAG